UGGUGUACCAUCUCACGUACGCAAUUCUGAGGCGAAGUCACGCAGUUUUCUGCCCUCGUGUCUUAUAACAUAAAACAAUCAUGGCCCCGCCAACAUAUGGAGAUUUGGGCAAAAGUGCUCGUGACAUAUUCGGUCAAGGUUAUCAUUUUGGUUUGAUCAAAUUAGAUAUUAAAACAAAGACUAACUCUGGAGUCGAAUUCUCUAGCGGCGAGGUAUUCAAUCAAGAUACUGGAAAAGUAUUUGGUUCUUUAGAAACCAAAUACAAAAUUAAAGACUAUGGAUUAACAUUUAGUGAAAAGUGGAAUACAGAUAACAUGCUUGCAACUGAUGUAACUCUUGCUGAUAAAUUGCUCAAUGGUCUUACUCUUGGCUAUAGUUGUACUUUUUCACCACAAACAGGAACCAAAACUGGAAAACUGAAGACUAGUUACAAACAUGAAAAUGUAUCUGCUAAUGCUGAUUUUGACCUUAGUCUUUCUGCUGGUCCCCUUAUCAAUGCAUCUGCUGUUGUAGGAUAUCAAGGGUGGUUGGCUGGUUAUCAAGCUUGCUUCGAUACGCAAAGAAAUAAACUUACAAAGAACAAUUUUGCGCUUGGAUUCACUGCUUCUGACUUUGCUCUUCAUACAACAGUAGAUAAUGGUCGUGAGUUCAGUGGCUCUAUUUAUCAUAAUGUAAAUUCAGACUUACGAGGAGCGAUUAAUCUUGCUUGGAAUUCUAGUAAUAAUGUUACACAAUUUGGAAUUGGUACAAAAUAUAAUCUUGAUUCAGAUGCAAGUAUUAGAGCUAAAGUGAACUCUCAUCUCCAAAUAGGUUUGGGAUAUCAACAAAAGUUACGUAGUGGUGUAACUUUGACACUAUCUACAAAUAUUGAUGGAAAGAACUUUGGUUCUGGUGGACACAAGAUGGGCUUUGCAUUAGAUCUCGAAGCUUAAAUAUGAAUGGUUACAGACA